AUGUCGGCUACCACAUCAAAUCCAAGUGGCUCACAGGAACGCUUUUCGCCGCAUACGCUCGAGAAAGCGGCCAAGACAAAGGUGUCUCUUCAAUCGUUCUACUCGAACUUACUAGCCCAGCAUAAAGACAGAAAGUCAAGGUGAUUGAAUAAAUUGCUGCACGAUUUAUUGAUGAUAUUAAUGUGUUCUUCUUUGUGCUUUAAACUUUUUUUACAUUAUUUUUAUUUUGGAUUUAGGCUUCGUUGUCUCGAGGCAGCCAUGGAGGAACAAGGCUUAACGCUCCAAGAGGUAUGAUGCAAAAAUAUUGUUUCUCACGAUGUAUUUAUUAAACAAUAUUACAUACAAUUACUUAUAAGCAAUUUCGCCUUCGUUUCGUCUUUGAUGUAUAAAUUUAAAGUGUAUAUUUUUAGAAAUCUUAUACAAACAUCGCAAUCACAAAACCAAUAUAAAUGUAAUCUUGUUUAUAUAUUAAUUUGAAAUAGUUUCCGGAAAUUAUAUUUUUUACUGCAUGAUACAUUUUGUCUUUGACAUAAAUUUAAAGUGUUUUCGUGACUUCUUAUUUUGAAUGGUUGCUAUGCACUAGCAUGUAUGUAAAAAACUGAACCUGUCAAAAAUAUUAUGAUUUAGUGGUUUGAAAGUCAAUAUCUUACAUGUAAUAAUAUUCUAAUCUUGUUUAAUUGAUUGAAAUUGAAUGCAGGUUUAGAUAAUCUAAACGAUCUAUAAUUUAUACUGUCAUUGCCUGAGAUAUUUAUGAAGGAAACAAAUUUUCAAUUCAACUCAGUGAUAUUAUACUUUUUAGCUUAUGUCACAAACUUGCCCUGAUAAUAUUCCCUUGACAACAGAUAAUUUAACUGUGAGUUAAUACCCAGACCACCUGUAAAUGCCUCUUGUUAACCCAUACAGUUGUAUUGUGCUCUAAUGCGUCAUACUUUAAUUAUUAUUUUACUCUCUAAUGCCAUGCAAUUUAACUUGUCAAGGGGAGAGUGCUGGUGCUUAAUGGGUUAAGUGCAAAUUUGGGCUUACAGUAUCACCUGCUUGAUAAAUUAUGCAAUGUGCCCUAACAUGCUCUCUUUAUGAUUUAAUAUAUGUCUAACAUCAGAUGAUUCUAAUCUGCUCAAUAUAUAUUACUGACAAACAGAAGCAUGCUCUCUUUAUGAUUUAAUAUAUGUCUAGCAUCAGAUGAUUCUAAUCUGCUCAAUAUAUAUUACUGACAAACAGAAGCAUGCUAUCUUUUAUGAUUUGAUAUCUUUCUAACAUCAAACGAUUCUAAUCUCUGUUGAAUAUAUGUUACUGACAAACAGACAUAGAACUUUUCAAGGGAAGCAUUGUGCAAACUGUGGAAAGUUUGAGAAAAGUCAACUGCAAAUUAUUUUUGGUUGCUGUUCCUGCAAAAAAGUAAAAAUACAACAGGCAGGGGCAUAGGAUGCAUCAAAAGAUGGGGGGGACACCGGCUUCUAGGGGCACUUUAGGGUAUUGAAAAGGGCACCUAAAAUUUUUUUCCCGGAAAUGUUGGCGACAGGGGAGGGGGGGAGGACAGAAGAAAAAUUUUCCUGUCGUACCAUACCAAAAUUGCGUGUUUUUGACCAAAUUUUUUUUAAAACCUUGGGAAUUUCCAAACAAAAAGGGCACCUUUGAUGUUAAUUUAGUAUUUACAGCGACAUUAGCUUGUACAAAAAGGGCACUUUUCAUCACAAAAAAAGGGCACUUUUCAUCACAAAAAAAGGGCACUUUUAGUUCUUUGAAAAAAUGGGGGUGGGGAGUGGGGCAUGUGCCCCCUAUGCCCCUGACAACAGGCAUACUAUUAUAUCUUGAGAUUUUUAGUGCAAUAAUUGUAUUUCUUGUCAACCAGAAAGAAGAAAGGAGAUCAUUACAUGCACAGAAAGAAACAGAAUUUUUGCGACUAAAAAGAUCAAGACUUGGCAUUGAUGAUUUUGAUUCUUUGAAAGUAAUUGGAAGAGGGGCUUUUGGUGAGGUGAGUAUCAAUAAAGAUCUAAUAUUGGAAAUAUUGGAAAAAGACAUGUCAGGUAGUGGUUUUCUACUGACUAUUGUCUCAUUCUGAAGAAAAUUGGAAGCCCUGCAAUAUCCUAUGGUACACAUGCACCCAUUUUCUGGUCAAUGCCAUGUGAGGUGGAAAAAAUAUUUGAUUUUCUGGGACCACAAGGAAAAUGAAAAACGUUCUGUGAGGUACAUGUUAUCUUUUGAUCUUGUGUUAUUACUUAGGUACGUCUGGUUCAAAAGAAAGACACUGGUCAUGUUUAUGCCAUGAAGAUUCUUAGAAAAGCUGACAUGUUGGAAAAGGAACAGGUGCAGUAUUUCAAUGCAAUAAGUCAUUUUUCCAACUUUGAGCCUUGAGGCAAUGGUACAAAUUGUAUUAAUUCUAAGGCUUUUGAAUGAAUUUACAUGGUAUCAAAUGAAUUUACAUUGUCAUGCUAUCGACGUAAACUUGGCAAUACGAAGGAAAAUGAAAUAGCUUCCCCUUUGAAAAAGACUAAAUGAAAGCCUAAACUCUACUUCAGGUUGCUCAUGUUAGAGCAGAAAGAGAUAUUCUGGCUGAGGCAGAAAAUCCAUGGGUUGUUAAAAUGUAUUUUUCCUUCCAAGAUGGACAAUUUUUGUAUUUAGUCAUGGAAUUUCUCCCCGGAGGUGAGUGCAAUGUCGCAUUUUCUCUUUAAUAUUCUGGCAAAAUUUGUUGUGGACUUCAAAGAACAAAGUAUGCGCAAGACAAUGUGCAGACAGGCAAAAAUUUGCUGUCUUGCUCAAAAGCUCUACUUACUUACUUAAUAACUGAACCCUCGAAUGUUACUACUGUAUGUUAUUAUUGUAUACAUCAAUGAGGAAUACAUUCCAUGUUUUCUCUUACUGUAUACUCUAGGAGAUUUAAUGACAAUGUUGAUGAAGAAAGAUACUUUUAGCGAAGAAGAAGCACGCAUGUAUAUUGCAGAAUCAGUGCUAGCCAUUGACUCUAUACAUACAUUGGGAUUCAUACACAGGUGAGUAUACGUGUGACUUGUGCACACAUAAUGUACAUGACUCAUUAGAACUUUGUUGCUUAUUACUUACUCAAGGCAAUUUUGCUGAAACUUGCAAUGCAAUUUUUAAAAUACAAAACAAGUGUCACUCCAAAGAUUGAUAACAUUUUUAUAUUUAAUUUCUGACAAAGAACCAUCUUUUUUCAAAUGUAGUCACAGAGAAAUUGGUUUACUUUUUCAUCUCUUAAGAGUAUGGUAUGUAAAGAAAGUGUCAACAGAGUGGAAUGUGGGUCAUGCUCACAAUUUCCUUGCGACUACUUUUUAGAUGUUGCAAUUAGUUGCAGCAAUAAUUGCCUCGUGUAACAUGGCCUUUAACAUUGUUGAAAUAUCAAGUUAUGAUCAAGCUCUUCUCUCUUUUUAGAGAUAUAAAACCUGACAACUUGUUGCUGGAUAGCAGGGUUAGUAGAAUAUAAAAAAGGUGAAAUGAUUUCAUUUCAGGACAUCCUGUUCACUGCACAGGUUGAGAAAGUGCUUCAUUUUGACACCCCAAGUUAUAUUCAGAGAUUUAUACAUAGAUUAUAGUCAACCUACAUGUAGUAUAUGUUUGUAAUGUACUGCAUUGUGCUUUCUAGGGUCACAUAAAACUUGCUGAUUUUGGUUUGUGUACAGGCUUGAAAAAAGCGCAUCGAACUGACUAUUAUCGAGAACUUCAACCACAGGAUAUGCAUGACUUUGGUAAUUGUAUUUUACUGUUUGCUGCAUUGGGAAAGAAUUGAAAUUUAUUACAUUAAUGUACAAGAAUCGCCCUUUAACGACUGUUUUCACAGGUCGUUAGAGCAUUCACUACAGCAUAUUUCAUGCCAUUUCUCUUCAAUUGCAGUUAACGAUCCUAUGGACUCAAAACGAAAAGCUGCCACAUGGAAGCGAAUGAGAAGAGCUCUGGUAAAAAACUGUUAUUAUUUCUAUGUACAUUUAUCCUGUACGUUUAGCAGAAAGGUUCUGUGUAAAUUGAUGUUGUAUUGAUGUUAUGCAGGCAUAUUCUACAGUAGGAACACCAGACUACAUCGCUCCUGAGGUAUUUCAACAAACAGGAUAUACCAAGACCUCUGAUUGGUGGAGUUUAGGAGUGAUACUGUAUGAAAUGCUGAUUGGUAAGACAUUGUUUGUGUUUACCAUACUUCCUCUAUUAAGCAUUCAUAUCUUACUUUUCCCCCUUUCCCUGGACCUUAAUUAGAAGAUCUAACAGCAUCCCUCAUCUAAAUUAUACCAAAAUUAGCCUGCUCCGUUGGCAACUCCUUUAUAGGGAAAUAUUCAGGGUUACUCCGAGGUUCACCAUAAUCCUAUUAGUUCCUGCAGAGGAGGCCAAACCAGAUUGUUUUUUAACAUUUUACAAUCUUCCUUACAGGAUAUCCUCCAUUUUGCUCAGAAACUCCUCAAGGUUUGUGCAUUAGUGAUAUAUGCGUGAUAAGACACUUGAUACUUUUUGCAUUUUUUGUUAUAAUACCCAGAUUGAAAAAAGUGUGAUCAGUCUUUCACAAAAAAUAUUUUUCUAUUGUACAGAAACGUAUAAGAAAGUGAUGAACUGGAAGGAGAUGCUCGUCUUCCCUCCAGAAAUACCAAUUUCUCAAGAAUCAAGAAAUCUAAUUCACAGGUAUUCAAUACUAAUUAGAUUUACAGUAGAGACCACCCCUUACUGGCCUUACUGUAUCCUGUACUAUGACAAGAGUAAACCUAAACUAAACUACCGGUAACUUAACCUAUACUGGAUAGCUCUACUAGUUUUCUCUAAAUAAUCUCUGGCUUUAUUUGUACAGAUUGUGUUGUGAACGUGAGAACAGGAUUGGUACUAACGGUGUCGAGGAAAUCAAACAACAACCAUUCUUGCGAGGUGUAGACUGGGAACACAUAAGGUAACCCAAUAUGGAUCCAAUAUGAACUAUGCAGGCUGUGUGUGCCCAAUUGGCCUUUCUCACGCCGCCAUUUUUGGGUGGCAUUUCAGCCGAAGUCUGCGAAAUAAGUCCACAUAACAGCGACUUUUUAUAAUUUUUUGGACGAAUGAUGGUAAAUUUGCCUUGUAAAUGGUUAGUUUAUUUUGAAAAAUUGCUUUUCACAUUGUUUUAAGUGUCUGCAAUGGUUAACGAGAAUUAGAUGCCACCCAAAAAUGGCGGAUAUUCGUCAUCGUGAGAAAGGCUAAUUCAUUCGCAGGAACCAGAUGCUCAUGAUAUACUUGCUCGACAAGUAAGGUCAAUACUACUUGAAAGGAGUUUUGGAAUGAAAUUGCGUCUUGUUGUUUACUUUAGGGAUAGACCAGCCCCAAUACCUAUCGAAGUGAAGAGUAUUGAUGACACUUCAAACUUCGACGAGUUUCCUGAUUUAGAUAUGAAAUUCGAGCCUUCAGGUAAAGAUAUUAAACAAACUUCAAUUCAUGUAUACUAGAUGGCUCUAUCAAGAUUUCUCUCUGCUUUCGAGAUUUUGAUAUGUGGAAGUAUGUGGAGGUAUCCAAUUUCCGAAAGGGAUUUGCUGGUGCCACAUGAUUCGAGGGCCUAUAUAAGGCUAUAGUUGUAUUUUUUGCAACUGCUCCUGGUCAAGUCUAAGUCGUCUAAUAUAAAUGUAUAAAAUUCACACAUUUCCAUUUACAAAACCCAUCUCCAAUUAGUUCUAUCGAGUGAAAUGCCCCAAAAUUCUGACAAUUUUAGACAUAUACACCAGUCCUGUCAUUAACAUGCAAUUAUUACUUUGUCUUGUAGAUGAUCCAUCUAAAGUGCAAUCAACAAAUAAAAAGGACUGGGUUUUUCUUAAUUAUACAUUCAAACGAUUUGAAGGGCUCACUCAACGAGGCCGGCCUCUUGGGCUUCCAAUGUAG